UUGUAAGCCAUGACAGCUGUUAAAGGACUAAGGAUGCCUGCUUGAUAGUAAUCGACCGUUGCUGGAUAUCGCUAGAGCUCCUUCAGGCACUUGUCCAUCAGCCCUUUGUUCACUUGUGAACACUACCAACAGUCUCCCUUCUUCGACCUCUUUACUUAGUGUUCUUGUGCCUUUUUCCCUUGGUAUUUUACAGACAUCAUGAGAAAUCAUGCAUGGCUCUAUGCAGCCUUAAAUGGCUUAGCUAUUUGUUCGACUAUUGCCGCAGACCCUAUCGUUACCCUCAGCAGAGAUCAAGUCACGUAUCGUGGGAAAUUGAGAGGCUUGGUGGAAGAUUUUUAUAAUAUCAAGUUUGCGCACGAUACUUCAGGUGCUCAGCGAUUUGCACCACCAAAAGCAUACAGCCCUGCGCCAGGCAGCGAGAUUGAUGCCACCAUUCCCGGCCCGGCUUGUCCCCAAAUCGGAGCAGGCAUACCGCCAUUCUUUCCAGAAACCCCUAAUCAGAGUGAAGAUUGCCUCAAUCUCCGCAUCACCAGGCCUUCUGGGAUCACUGCAGACCUGUUGGAUAAACUUCCUGUCGUUGUUCAUCUUGUUGGCGGAGGUGUCGUCAAGGGUUCUGCAUACGACGAACCUUUUGAUCCCGCCAACCUCGUAGCGCAGUCUGUGGCUUUGAGCAAGCCUAUUAUCCAUGUUGUGCUCAAUUACCGCCUGACGAUAUUUGGCUUUGCGCGUCUGCCUGUUCUAAAUGAGCAGAAGUCUCUUAAUGUAGGGAUGCGAGAUCAGCGAGCUGGAUUCCAAUGGGUCAAAGACAAUAUCGCUGCAUUUGGAGGUGACCCGGAUCGAAUCACAUCAUUUGGCCUCAGCUCUGGAGGGACUUUCUCUUCACUUCAUCUUUCGACAUAUGGGGGUGAGCAUGGUGUUCCAUUCACACAAGCAUGGGUUAUGUCAGGCCCACCUGGUACAGCACUUAACAUGACUUCUGAUGCGACGGAAAAUCAUACUUAUGCUGUCGCUGAGAGGCUCGGGUGUAAUAACAAAGAUGAUGACAGAGCGGUUCUAGACUGCUUGCGUCAAGUGCCAAUGGAUCAGCUUACGGAAGCUGCCAUGGCAUACUCAAUCGAUAAUCACCCGCCAGCUGGACUUUUCACAUUCAUCCCUUCUGUUGAUGAUGAUUUCCUACCAGAGAGGCAGUCCACUCUCUAUAAAUCGGGGAGAUUCGUCAAAGGGAUUCCUAUGGUCUUUGGUUGGGUCCAAGACGACGGCGCCACCAAUGCAGGUCCUGCUCCUUUAUUCCAAAGCGAGGAGGAUAUGAAAACCCCUAUUCGAAAUUUUGCCCACGCCCUUACUGACGAUGACUAUGCAAAACUCUUUUCGCUAUAUCCUGCAAAGAGUUUCCAGGAGGACGUUCACAAUUAUGAGGCCCGCAAAGCCGAGGAUGAUCCUGAUGCGUCCGUCCACUAUUUUCGCAUUGCGCGCAUUAUGAGGGAUCUUCUAUUCACGUGCUCCUCCAUCGACUUCGGGUUCGAAAUAGCGAGGCAGUCGCAGGAUCCAAACGGCUUCUCCAGCGUCUAUCACUACGUGCUCAAUCAGAGCAUGGUGACACCUCUAUUUCACGCAGCUGGAAUGCCCUAUCUAGGCGCUGUUCAUGGCAGUGACCUGGAUUAUCUCUACAAUAACAUGUUUCCGCGGGAUCAGAUGUCGGAUAGUGAUAAGCAUGUCUCUGAUACAUUGAUUUCGUCUUUCGUCAACUUCGCAUAUACGGGUAGCCCGAACAGCGAAAGCUUACCAUCGUGGCCUCAUUCAUUCUCAACUUCUGAUAACCUAGAUGAACUUGAAAGCAAGAUCGAUAGCCCUUCAUCGUUUAAUCUGCGAGUGAUAGGUGGACCUCUGGGGGGAGGGGCAGUGCGCAUGUUGAGAGGGUCUUCCAAUUUAUCCUCCGGUGAGCAGGAAGGUAUUGCGCAGAUUCCGCUGGGGAAUGAUGUCCAAUAUGGAGAGAUGAAAUCUCGGAUAUACCAAGACAGACAGCGAGAAGUUGAUCGGGAGGAUCUUCUACUGCGUUGUGCUUUCAUCAACGGUCUCGCGGAGAAGCUAGGCCAUUAGCUUAUUCUUUGCAGACAAAUUUGAUCGUUUGAUGCACGUAUUCUGACAUUUUGCUAAAACCUAAAACCCAGGCCCAAUGUCAGGUGUGCCCCACCUUACAAGGUUCCACAGUCACUCGGGGUAUACAGUAUGUAGCCCAGUAGCCCAGAUACAGACCCAUACUUGGAGAAUACAUCAUCUUCCCAGUCAUCCAAGAGUGCCACCAACACCCAAGGUGGGAUAUGUAUUAACCUUAUGGGUCACCAAAUCAUUAUGAAGCAUCCCGAUUGUCAACUGGGCUGGGCUGGGCAUGUUCAGAAAAGUGUAGUUUGCUCAGAUGAUAGUGCGACUUGAGCAAAGUAGUUCAAAUGAUUAGCCCCUUUUCAAGAAUUUGUAAGAGAUGAACGUUUGAAGCCCGAACUGAAUGUAGCAAGCCUGACUAAGGGAUGAAAAUCCUUCGGAAAACCAUAACAACAAAUAAUCACCUGCAGAAGACGCAUCAAUAUCAAAUCAGCCUCGCUGCAGGGAAAUAAUCGAAACAAAUAAUUGUAUGCUUAAUCAAAUUACCAAGGGAGGCCCCAAGGAGAGUCGAGAUUCAACUGAGAUAUUCCACCCCUGUAUGAGCUAAACAGCAAAGGGCCAAUAGCGCCGUCGAAAAUCGAAC